CCCAAACAAUCUUUUUUAUUUUGUGUGUAAUAAGAACACUAGAAGGGGCAGUAGGUAAGCUAGUACUUCAACAGUAGAAUUCGAUCAAAAGCCCGAGGCCAAAACCCAUCUCUCUCGUUCUCUGUCAGCAAAGUCCCACUGAAAAUGACCGCCAAAAAAAGCUUUUGUUCUCUGUCUUUAAAUCAUUUCACAAGGUUCCAUUCCCAGAUUUACCCAGAUUUUUAAUUGAAGAAACAAAGAGGCUGAGGUUAUGAGAGUCAAAAAUACAGGCAUGGAGAGAGUGUGAUAUAAAGUGAGAAAGUGAAGUACAAAGGGAGAAUCUCUGUUGUGUUAUGGCAUGCCAGAGUUGCAAGGCGCAUUGCAUUGAAGGAAUUUGUUCGAUUUCCGAUUUUUUUCUUUUUGUCUUUCUCUUGUAAGGAUCGUUUCCAAAAGUUGGAUCAUUUAAUUCUUCCUUGAAGAAAAAAAGAAAAAGAAAACGCAAUGAAAAGUUUUGGGGUUCAUCUACUCUUCUUAGUCUUUCUUGCACCUAUUGCAUUUGUGACUGUGCAAGCUUUCACUGGAACAUAUGGCAUUAAUUAUGGAAGAAUUGCGAAUAACAUCCUUUCACCAGAUGAAGUUGUCAUGCUUCUUAGGGCAGCAAAAAUAAAGAAUGUUCGAAUUUAUGAUGCUGAUCAUAGUGUCCUCAAAGCCUUCAGUGGGACAGGACUGGAAAUUGUGGUUGGACUCCCAAAUGAAAAUCUGAGAGAUGUGAGUGCCAAUGCAGAUCACGCUAUGAAUUGGGUCAAGGACAAUGUGCUGGCAUAUCUUCCCAAUACACAUAUUCGUGGGAUUGCCAUAGGGAAUGAAGUCUUAGGAGGGAGUGAUGAGUUUUCGGGAUUUCUUCUGGGAGCAGUUAAAAAUGUGUACAAUGCAGUAAAAAAGCUUAAGUUAAACGAUGUCAUUCAGAUUACCACGGCACAUUCACAGGCUGUUUUUGCUAAUUCCUUCCCUCCCUCAUCAUGCAUAUUCAAAGAAAAUGUUGUUCAGUACAUGAAGCCUCUUUUAGAGUUUUUUUCACAAAUUGGCUCCCCAUUCUGUUUAAAUGUUUACCCAUUUCUAGCCUACAUGUAUAAUCCAGAGCAUAUUGAUAUUAAUUAUGCUCUCUUCCUGCCAACAGAGGGAGCAAAUGAUCCCAAAACUAAGUUGCAUUAUGAUAACCUGCUUGAUGCUCAGAUUGAUGCAGCCUAUGCUGCAUUAGAAGAUGCUGGAUUUGAAAAGAUGGAAGUCAUCAUCACAGAGACUGGGUGGGCUUCACAUGGAGAUGAGAAUGAAUCUGUGGCAACAGCAAAUAAUGCAAGGACAUAUAACUACAAUUUGCGAAAAAGGCUUGCAAAGAUGAAAGGAACUCCUCUCAGGCCAAAAAAUGUGGUUAAGGCAUAUGUUUUUGCGAUCUUUAAUGAAAAUUUGAAGCCUGGGCCAACUUCUGAGAGGAAUUUUGGCCUGUUUAAACCUGAUGGGAGCAUCUCGUAUGAUAUCGGAUUUCAUGGAUUUAAAUCGUCAUCUGCAGAUUCAUCACUGUCAUCUUUGAAGCUUGAAGAGAAAGAACAAAAUGAGCAUAGUCUGCAUAGAGAAGAGAGAAAUGAGAGAAAGUAGAGAGACAUAGAUGAACAUGAAUGACAGUAUAGAGAAUUUCCGAUCAAAUCCAUCUUUGCAAUGCACCAGGAGUUUUAUCAAGUACAACUGAAAAAUCAUACCAUUGCACCAAUGCUAAAUUGGAAGCACUUCCUUCAAUUUCAGCAAUGCCUAUAGUUUUUUGUUCCCAGACCCUAGAUAUACUAUUUGAUUAAUAGGUAAAAAAGGUAGUCUUUUGGUGGCUUUAUUUUUUAGGUUGUUUAGUUUGUAACAAUAUCUCCCUUCUGUUCUUUUGCAUAUUGUCUGUUAUCCUUUGUUAAUGAAGGGAGUAAAAGGAUGUUGCUUCGGCUUAAAGCUUUGAAAAAAUGUAGCCUUGAACAUAGCAAAUAUGUGGUUUAGCGAUUCACUUGUUUGCAGUAACUUGCUCUUUCAAUAUCACAGGAAAGUAAAAGAUGCUGUAGUUUUUUCUUUUUUUUUCUCCUAUUUCA